UGCUUGUAAUUUCAUUUUUUAUUUCGAUUACAUGGGUUGCUUUUGCAUCUGGAUUUAAUUCAAAUUCAUCAUUUCAAAUUACUCAAUUAUAUCCAUAUAAACUUUGUUGGUUUACACGUCGAGUUAUUUAUUACUUUCUGACAAUACCUGUUGGUUUAUUUCUAUUAAUUAAUAUAUUUAUAUUUAUUCGUGUAAGUCAACGUAUAAUAAAUCAUGUUCUAAAUGCAACAUCACGUCAUCAAACAUAUGAAAGAAUGAAACGAUGUGUACUUAUUUUACUUCUAUCGUGUGCAACUCAAGGUAUUGGUUGGCUUUUUGGUCCAUUUUUGACGUUUGCUAAUGAAGAUACUGCAAAUGUUUUAGGAUGGUUUUUUAUUAUAUUUAAUGGAUUAGAAGGUUUAUGGAUGAUACUUCUAUAUAUAAUAAUUCGAUCACAACGUAUGGAUGAACAAAAACGUGUCGUAGCUGCUAGAGAAUUAACGAAAUCGAAAGAAUCAAAAUCAACAUCUCUCACACACAAAAAAUCUUUCGAAGAAGAUAAUGAACAAGAAGAUCGUAGUAUAACAAGAGAUACUGAAGUUAAAUAUCGGAAUACACAAAAAGAAACGUCGCGCUCAUCCGAUGAUCUUCGUGAUAACUCGAUAAGGAAUUCUCAUGUUGAAGAUAAUACUUUUACAUCAUACUGUUAA